CCAGGCGAAAAGAAACGGUCUUCUUUGUGUUUGUGUGUGUGUGUGCUUGUGUGUAAAUGGUGGGGAAGGAACUCCGCCUUGUAAUUCCUGUACCUACCUAAUCUCUGAAAUUUCAGCGAUCUCUUGCUCUUGAAUCCUCACACCCAGUCUGCAAACUUCUCUCACAUCAGUUGUUGAAGGAGCUUGUUUUUCCGCAGCAUGAAAUUUUGUUUUUUUGCAGUUGUUGAAGGCUGAGAAUGUGCGGAGGAGAGAAAAAAAGAGAGAGAUUCGUGGUUGUUGAAGGUUGACAAGGUGAGAAAGAGUGGGGAGGGGAGGGGUUUUGGGGACUGUGAUGUCUUUUGGGGGAGAGGAGGACAGGCAAUGGAAUUGUGGAAAAGCCGGAGCGGUGAAUUUGCAGAAGGUGAGUUCCAUUGUUCGUGACAUUGGCGAUCCCUGCCUCUCUCAAUCUCCCAUAAAGGUUGUUAUAGCUGUAAACAAAAUGCUUAAGCCAGAAAAGUGGCAGGCAACUUUUGAUAGUGAUGGGAAGGUUUUUGGUUUCCAAAAGGCACUCAAGUUGAUUGUUUUGGGGGGUGUGGAUCCAUCAAUAAGGCCAGAAGUUUGGGAAUUUCUACUUGGUUGUUAUGCACUAGGCACCACUGCGGAGUACCGUAGGCAACUGCGUACAGCCCGAAGGGAACGUUACAAGGACCUGAUUAAGGAAUGCCAAAUGAUGCAUUCAAGUAUAGGAACUGGUUCACUUGCCUAUGUUGUGGGUUCCAAAGUUAUGGAUAUGAGGACAUCAUCUAAAGAUGAAGGGAGAAGAGAACCUAAAGUGGAAAGUAGAAAAGCUUCUACUGAUAAUACUAAAUAUUUAGGGAAUGAUUGGAAUAAUCAUUGUACAGUUACAUCAUAUGCAAGCCAAAGGGAAAGCUCUAGCAAUUCGGCUGACCUUGUCAGCGUGAGGGCAAGCACAGAUAGUGGAGCAUAUGACUCGUCUUGUUACAUACCUACUUCUGGUCCAUACAACUGCAGUUCCCCAAAAAUAGGGAGAGAAGCAGAUGGAUCACAGUAUGCACCUGAAGAUCGUUUUGAUUUUCCUCUUUUACCUGUCACUGAUUUGUUUGAGAAGAGUGGAGAAAAUAAAAAAUCAUGCGAAUUGCAUGACGAUAAACUUUCUACACAGCGUAAACUGAGAUUUAAAGAUGACAGAAUGCACAGUUUUCAAAUUAAUAACAACGAGGAUCUAAUUAUAGAAUCAAAUGGCUCGCCAUCUCGCAAUAUCUCUAAUUCUAUUAACUCUGAGAUUGAAGUGGUUCAUCCUGAUGCCCAUGAAUCAAUAUUGCCAGCCAAUAAUAUGCUGGACGGAACAGAAAUGGUAAAUCAAUUGAGAAUAUCGGAUGUACCACAAAAGGAAAUGAUAAAUUCAACCACAUCUCAACAAGGGACAGCAAGUGAAGACAGAGUAUCGGAAUGGCUUUGGACUCUGCACCGAAUAGUUGUUGAUGUUGUAAGAACAGAUAGUCAUCUUGAAUUCUAUGAGGAUAAAAGAAACUUAGCUAGGAUGUCAGAUAUCCUUGCUGUUUAUGCAUGGGUUGAUCCUGCAACUGGUUAUUGUCAAGGUAUGAGUGACCUGCUGUCUCCUUUCGUUGUUCUCUUUGAGGAUAAUGCUGAUGCUUUUUGGUGCUUUGAGAUGCUUUUAAGGAGAAUGCGUGAAAAUUUUCAGAUGGAAGGACCAACUGGAGUGAUGAAGCAGUUGCAAGCAUUGUGGAAUAUCUUGGAACUCACAAACAGGGAUAUGUUUGCACACCUGUCCCAUAUAGGUGCCGAAAGCCUUCAUUUUGCGUUCCGGAUGCUGCUGGUACUCUUCCGUCGGGAGUUAUCUUUUAAUGAGGCUCUUUCUAUGUGGGAGAUGAUAUGGGCUGCUGAUUUUGAUGAAUCAAUGGCAUACAAUUUAGAGGAGAACUGUCUGGAAGCAUUACUAGUGCAGCUUCCAAGGGACUCUGGACUGGAAAUGAGUGAAGAAAGCACAGAAAAUGAUAACGGUACUGUGAAGGUUGGUGGCUCACAAUUAAAUCAUGGAAAUGUAGAGCGAUCCAUGCCUGACAACAAUGGAAUGAAAUCAAUAUCAUCCCGUCCCUUUUGUGGCUUGACAAGGAAUUUCUGGUCAAAGAAUGAUCGGAUGCAAAUCUGCACUGUAAUCUCUUCAACUGGGAAUGGACAUAAUGAACUACCAGUCUUCUGUGUGGCAGCAAUUCUUAUUAUGAACGGUCAGAAAAUCAUAAGAGAAACUCAUUCGUUUGAUGAUAUGAUAAAGAUAUUCAAUGAUAACAUGCUGAAGAUCAAUGUCAAAAGGUGUAUACGCACAGCAAUAAAACUUAGAAAGAAGUACCUCUACAAGCUAAUCAAGAGAAAGAGCCCUGCAGCUCAGAAUCAAGAGAAAGAGCCUGCAGCUCAAAAUCAAGAGAAAGAGCCUGCAGCUCAGAAUGAGGACUAGGGCUUUUUCUAUUUUGCAAAUGGGUAUACACUCAUGGCAACACAGAAAUUGCACUGAGAAGUAUUUAUAGACCGGGAUUUCAAGUUGGAGAAAAUGCUGUUAUUUGGAUUUCCUGCAAGGGAAGAUUCCAAAGCUGAAGUGCUUUUGCAUUUGAAGAUUCACCCAGUUUUUCGUACCUCCAUUAUCUCAUUUUUGCAAGCUAGUGGAAUGAUUGAAAGUGGGAAGAAGUUCCUUUGUUUGAUGCACCCCAGGUCUGAUUAUUUAGCUAUCAUCGAUCUCACAGGUUAGGCGAAAUCCCUUUUUUGUUUUUUUUUUACCAUAUAUUCAGAGAUGUAUCAACAAUUUUGACUGCUUAUACUUUUGAGACUAUUUGGGGGGCAAAAGAAAAAGAAAAAAGAAAAGAAAAAGAAAAAGAAAAGAAAAGAAAGAGAAAUCAAAGUUAUUGAAAAGUUAUCCUUUAUCCUUUUGGUUUAAAUGUGGGAUA